CGGCGAAGACGGACAGCAGUGAAGACGGGGUAGUGCAGGACUCUCAGCCACUUGAACGUUCUGCUGCGUGACACACUGGUCGCUCCUGUCCUUGCUGAGGAGGAGACAGAAGACAUUUUUAGGUGAUUAUUAAAAAAAAAUCAAGAUUAUCUCCAGCACAGGAAGUUUUAGUGCCUUUUUGUCAAGUCACCAGCAAUCCACUGUAGUGACAUUGACAGACCUGCGAGCAUGAGGACGGUGAGGUUGUGCUUCUGCCUGGCUCUGCUGAUUCCUUGCGGGGUCCACGCUCAGAGGAGCAGCCCUACUCUUGCCCAAUUCGACAAGGACACAAGGAGCGGCACGCUGGCCGUCGACAUUGUGAAUCGCGGCGGCGUGUUGAACUCGUUGCUUCACUCCGAGCAGCGGAUGCUUCUGCAGGCAGCGCGUGCCCCGCGGGCGGCCCAGGUGCCAAAGAGAGCCCAGCUGGGGUCUCGCUUUGCCCUUUCCCUCGAUGUCCCCACCAGCAUUCUCAGUGUCCUCAUAGACCUGGCCAAGAACCAGGACUUGAGGACCAAAGCGGCCGCCAAUGCUGAACUGAUGGCGCGAGUUGGCAAGAGGAAAUAGUCUACCAGUGUGGGAGAGAAAAUAGCUGGAGUUUGAGAAAAAAACACUUAACCUUAACACACUUUAUCACUGACAAUGUUAGCUCAGAUACAAUUAGAUAUUAGAUCUGCCUUCCUACUUGUAGCACUAGUUAAUACAUGCACUUUGAUGUCACUGCACUACUGUAUCAUUCCUCCAUGGGUCAUAUUCUUCUCAUCAGAAAUCUAUUUCUUGUUUUUUUGCAUGUCAUGAAUUAA